UUUGCACAAACCUGCUCAGCUUUCGCUCUUCUCAUGACACCUUCAUGUUGAAUUCUGCUAAGCAAUGUGCGCCACAGAGCCUGGUCAAUACGCUCGGUUCGUGGCCACUCAGUGAUCGGUUUUCGUGAACACUCUUGUGCGCUUCCUGCAGUGAUGCCUCAUGGCUUAGCUGUGGCUGGCUGAUGCGUUUUUUGGAGUUGAUGGAAACCAUCGUGGAGCCACAGGUGGUUCUUCGAUUUGCAAGGUCGCCUUGGAGGAGCAUGUUGGUUUCAAAAGGAUUUGGAACUACUCCAAUGCAGCAGAACCACCCGUGGAGUGAGUGGUGGCAAAACAAGAAGGCCUUAGGUGACCUUGCGGGUGGAUAUAUUGAUGAGACUCGCGUCAAAAUUGCCAAAGAAUUUGGUGUUGACUUCAUGAUUCUGUCGAUCACAGGUGGCACACAGGACAUGAAGAACACCUCCGACCAUUUCUCUGUUGAGAAGUUCCAAGGAUUGAACCGCGAAUUUCUCACAAAAAUCCAGGAAGCAAAUCAUAUGGAACAAAAACCUCGCCUCGCAGGUUUUUGCCUGCUGCCUUUGUGGGAUCCGCAGGC